AUGGCGUUCCUUGAGUUGACCGCUCCCCGCUCUCCCACUCCGGAGCCGGCCUCAACCAUUUCCUCUGAGGACAACAAACUUGUUGCCCUUACCCCUCCUUCUCAUGCCUUCGCAGAGACUACCAACACUACCUCUGCUGAGGUUAGUGUUGACAACACCGACAAGGCCUUCGAUCAGAUGAUCGCCCACAUCAACGCGAUGCGAGCCAAGGUUCAGGCCCUUGAGUCAGAGAACACCGAGCUCAAGGCUCAAGUCGAGUAUGAGAAGUCUUUCAAGGAGCACUUCUCCAAGAACCUUGACGAGGCCAACAACAACUUGCACUCUGCUGAACGUGAGGCGGCUAUCAAGUUCCAAACUCUAGAGUCGGAGAAUACCGAGCUGAAGGCUCAAGUCGAGCACGAGAAGUCCUCCAAGGAGCAAUUUUCCAACAACCUUGAGACAGCCAACCGCAACUGGCGCUUGGCUGAGUCUAAAUCCGCUGCCAAGGUUCAGGCUCUCGAGUCAGAGAACAAUGAGAUCAAGGCUCAAGUUGAGAACGAGAAGUCAUUCAAGGAGCACUACUCCCGAAGCCUUGACGAAGCCAACCGCAACUGGCACUCUGCAGAAUUUGAGGCUGCUGCCAAGGAAGCCGAGCUUGGUCGUGUUCGCGAGCGUCUGAGCCUUGUCGAAGCUCAAGUCACUGAGCAGGCGGAGCUUCAUGCCGUCAAGGAACAGAACACCGAACUUCAGGCUCGUUACCGCUACCAGUUCUAUCUGACUACACAUCACCAUGUCCAGACACUCAAGCAUAUGAUGCACGACUGGAAGGCUCAGGUGUUACAGAAGAUUGAUGAAGAGUAUGAGAAGAACAAGGAGAAGGAAAACGACUCCGCUGCUGGAGUCAAUGCCGAGUACGAACGACUCAAGGCUCUGGUAGAAGGUCAUGACUACAUCAUCACCAACAUCAAGAAGGGCAACGAAAAGUUUGCCACUCUGAUUAAGGAUCUACGAGAGAGCGAGAAUCCUACUCUCACUUCCGACCUUACUGCGGAUCGCUUUGAAGCUUUCUUGAGCGAACGCGAGAAGAUGGUCGCUCAGCUUGAGCAGGAGAAAGAGGACCAGAAGACAGACGACAUCACUGACGACGCGAUUGAGAUUCCCACCGAGACCAAGGAGCCGACCAAGGCUGAACGAAAGAAGGCAAAGAAGGCUGCUAAGAAGGCGGCGAAGAAGGCUAAGAAGGCCAGUGAGAAGAAGUAA